CCACACUUUUCCAAACCAAACAACCCCUCUCUCUCUCUCUCUCUCUCUCUAGCGGCUUUUCCAUGGACUUCAAUCUGAAGCAAUGGAAAGAUCAGCAGCAUGAGUUAGAAGAAGAAGAACGACAACAAACAUCUUCUACGAAACUACCAAGACUUCUUCUUAACUCCCAUCCUCAGCAACCGCCUGGACCUGGUACUGCUGUCUCGUUACUUGUACCUAAUCCUACCGGCAUCUACUCUUCAGAUUCAACAACACCCUCUGCCAACAAACCUCCCUGGAUGGGAAGUUACUUCAGCUUGGCCCAGUGGCAAGAACUUGAACUGCAGGCAGUGAUCUUCAAACAUAUGAUAGCUGGUGCUGCCGUUCCGUCUGAGCUACUCCAUCAUGUCAACAAAAGCCUCAUCAACUCUUCUUCUCCUCCAUAUUACCAGUCUCAUCAUCAUUACUAUUCCCAUUAUCAGCCAGGUUUGCUGCAAUCAGGGUACUGGGGGAAAUGGGCCAUGGAUCGGGAGCCGGGCCGAUGCAGGAGGACUGACGGCAAGAAAUGGCGGUGCUCGAGGGAUGUAGUUGCCGGGCAGAAGUAUUGCGAGCGCCACGUCCACCGAGGCCGCAACCGUUCAAGAAAGCCUGUGGAAAUCCCCACGUCCACCACUACUCCUUACAGCGGCAAAGCAGGCAGCAAUGGUUGUCUAGAAGUCCUCAAGACCACUAACGCCGUUGCUAGGGCAGCAACAGGUGGUGGCGGCACCGUGCCUUUUUCUCUUUCCGGGCCUUCGCCUUCCAUGGAUCUUCUUCACUUUAAUCAAAGGCCUUCAGAAUCCAUAAUUGAGACAAAGGGUCCAUUUGAAGCCCAAGACAACGUUGAACCUGGUGGCCGAACCCUUCGUCGUUUCUUUGAUGAUUGGCCUAGAUCACUUCAAGAAACUGAUAAUGCCACCAGCUCUGCGGCUUCAGCCACCAACUUGUCGAUUUCAAUGGAGACGGGAAACCCGUCAUCAGAUUUCUCAUUGAAACUCAGUACUGGAUACGAUGGAGAUGACUCUGGACCGCAGGUUAUUAAUGGCCCGAGGGAUAGGCUUCAAUUGAAUUGGGCUGCACCAUGGGGGACUAAUCAGGUGGCUCCAAUGGGCGGACCCCUUGCUGAGGCACUAAGAUCAUCAACAUCCAAUUCAUCACCCACAAGUGUCCUGCAUCAAUUGCCGCCACGUGGUUCAGCUUUGGUGCCUGAAUAAUUUGAGUUAUGCUGGCAGCUGGAUGGAUUGGCCCUGUCUGUCC